CGCCGCCGCCGCCGCCGCCGCCGCCACGAAGUUCGUAGUACCGUCGCGUACCUCGAGUAGCCGAGUACCUCGAGUGUCCAGUAUCCCCGAACCUGCGAAUGCGAAGUACGACCUGGACGUGCUACUUCGCCGGCCGCCUCUCGUCACGAUGCUACUACUCGCGGUGAUCGGGCUCCUCGUCCUCGCCGGCACGACGACCGCCGAGGUCUUUACCAACACGUUCCUGGUGAGGAUGCGGCAGCCUGCGGAGAGGCACGAAGCCGAUAACGUCGCGCUGAGGAACGGCUUCGUCAAUCUCGGGCCGGUAUUGGGCAGUCAGACGGAGUAUCAUUUCGUACAUAGAGCUUUACCGCAUGUACGAAGCAAACGAUCUGUGCCGCACACGCGAAGAUUAAAGGUCGACCCUAUGGUGGCCAUGGCUAUACAACAGGCUGGCUUCAAGAGAGUGAAAAGGGGUUACAAGCCCCUAAGCGUGGACAACCUCGUGCCGCUGUACGAAAUUAAGAAUCCCACGAAUCCGGCGAGCAAGGAUCCGACAGAUCCCUUUUUCAAGUACCAAUGGUAUCUGAAGAAUGUCGGGCAGAACGGCGGCAAACCGAAGCUGGAUCUAAACGUCGAGGCCGCCUGGGCUCAGGGUGUCACGGGGAAAAACGUGACGACGGCCAUCAUGGACGACGGUGUCGAUUACAUGCAUCCGGAUCUUAAAUAUAAUUACAACGCGAAAGCUUCUUACGACUUCAGCAGUAACGACCCUUAUCCGUACCCGAGGUACACCGACGACUGGUUUAACAGCCACGGCACGAGGUGCGCCGGGGAGGUCGCGGCCGCGCGCGACAACGGGGUGUGCGGCGUCGGGGUGGCGUACGACUCGAAGAUCGCCGGUAUCCGGAUGCUGGACCAACCCUACAUGACCGAUCUGAUCGAGGCGAACAGCAUGGGCCACGAGCCCGAUCUCAUAGAUAUUUAUAGCGCCUCCUGGGGACCCACGGACGACGGGAAAACGGUGGACGGACCGCGCAACGCUACCAUGAGGGCCAUCGUUCGUGGCGUUAAUGAGGGCAGAAACGGAUUGGGCAAUAUCUACGUUUGGGCCUCCGGGGACGGCGGAGAGGAGGACGAUUGUAAUUGUGACGGGUAUGCCGCAAGUAUGUGGACCAUCAGCAUCAACAGUGCCAUCAACGACGGUCAGAACGCGCAUUACGACGAGAGCUGCUCCAGCACCCUGGCUUCCACCUUUAGCAACGGCGCCAAAGAUCCCAACACGGGGGUGGCUACCACAGAUCUGUAUGGAAAAUGCACGACGACUCACAGCGGGACUUCCGCCGCAGCGCCGGAAGCCGCGGGAGUAUUCGCGCUUGCUCUCGAAGCUAAUCCGCAACUGACCUGGAGAGAUAUUCAGCAUUUGACCGUCCUAACUUCGAAAAGAAAUUCUCUGUUCGACGCGAAGGAUAGAUUUCAUUGGACCAUGAACGGCGUCGGACUCGAAUUUAAUCAUCUUUUCGGAUACGGCGUCCUGGAUGCGGGCGCUAUGGUAGCCCUGGCUAAAAAAUGGAAAACGGUACCUCCGAGAUACCAUUGCGAGGCCGGCACCAUGCUCGACACUCAGAAAGUCACGAGCGAUCGAUCCAUCCUCGUGAAGAUUAAAACUGACGCGUGCGCCGGCACGGAAUACGCCGUCAAUUAUUUGGAGCACGUGCAAGCCGUCAUCUCCGUAAAUGCAACUCGGCGCGGUGAUCUCGAGCUGUUCCUCACGUCUCCGAUGGGCACCAGAUCUAUGAUCUUGAGUCGCCGAGUGAACGACGAUGAUCACAGGGAUGGAUUCACGAAGUGGCCGUUCAUGACAACGCACACGUGGGGAGAGUACCCUCAAGGAACUUGGUUAUUGGAGGUAAGCUUCAACUCUCAGACGCCUCAACACGGAUGGCUAAAAGAAUGGACGCUGAUGCUCCACGGCACUAGGGAACCACCAUACACGGGAUUAUCGACGGCGGAUCCUCACUCCAAACUAGCGAUUGUCAAGAAGGCCCACGAGGAGCGUUUCAGCGCGAUCUAACAAUAUCGAUGACCACGGUACACGCGAUUAUCGCCGAUUUCAGCGAAGAAAAUAGGAUAUUCCAAUCGGAAGAUGUUUACGCGAGCGCUCCCUUUCUGCUUUCCUGAUUUCGCGCCGCGCAGCUGAAGGGAUGCCUCGGAUCUCUGACGGGAUGACUCAGUUGUGCGCCGAUCGCAUCGCCCGUGCCAAUUUAUAAUAUCGUUCGUUACUCCAGCGUGUUGACUUGUAUUCGCAUCGGAUGUCAUCGCAGAUCGCAAAUCGAUCCUCGGUAUCAACCCUCUUUUCAUUGCAGUCGCGUUUGCCAAAUCGCUCGAUUAUUACGUCAACUAUGACUACAUAUCACACGCCGUAUUUAUCAGCAAAGUUUGUACAUCGUUAAGCAUACGUAUCUUUUAUACAACUUUCAGCGCUUUGACAUUUCUUUCUAAACGCCCAUGUUACUGAGAAAAAGUUAAUUUAACACUAAUCUAAGUUUAACACGUUAGCGUUUGGCAAUUAAAAAAUUAAUUCAAAGAUAAUUUGUUUAUUUAUGCUGAUUAAAGACAUAAAGUAGAAUUAAGUAUUUAUUAAUUAAAUUUUAUCAUUCUUUGACGCAUCUUUUAUGAUCUUUGAAGUUCUUCGUUGUAAUAUAAAUAGGUGCUGGGCACCGAGCGGAAAGAAUUGAGAAACAAUUAAUUUAUAUAUUUGGACGGUGGUGAACUAAAAAAUACUGUUUAGGACGUUAUACAUCUCCGCUAUAAUUUAUUAUAUUUAUCUUAUAUAUCUUAUCUAAUUUAUUACAAUUAUCUAUCAUAAUCUGUUAUUCUUAUUAUUAUUAUUAUCAAUACUAAGCGCUUUCGAACAACAUGCGACGUAAAUAUCGCGAAGUGUCGUUUCGUUAAAAUUGUGUCCGCGUUGACAGCUUUCCGAAAAAAAGUUCUCAAAUCGACGAUCGAAACUUGACGAUUAGGGGAACAAGGUGACACGAAAGGAAAUUUACUAUAUAUUACUCAAUAGCGAAAUAAAAAUUACUCUUCUGACGGAGCGGCAAGCUCGAGACAUUUAGCGUUAACGGGCGUUAUCGAAUCGAUAGCGCCUAGAAAGAGUAUCCCGGGAACAAGAGUUUCGUGUAAUCAUUGUCGUCCUCGCAGAGAUAAUUCGAGAUAAUUCGAGUCUUGUACCAUUAUCUUGUACCACUUUGUAAAAUCCUGAUUUUUUUUUUUUUUCAAAUGAGAAAUUCGACAACGCAGGCGAGUCGGAUUGAUCAGAGACCGAUCGGAGUGAUCGUUUGCGAGAAAUCAUUUUUUUUUAACGAUGCCCGUAAGACCACGUCAACGUUCGCUUCUUGCCUGUUCUUCGUUUCGUAAAGUUUUGGCAAAUGUUUUUAGAAUUAGGGAUCGUCUGUAUCUCCCUUUUCCUUUCGUAAUCACCGACACGCCGUUUGCGUAAUACGUUGCCCAGAGAGAGGCACUUACUUGUCUGACUUCUGGAGCAGCGUGCGCGACGUGGUAGACGUGAUUAAAAGAAAAAAAAAAAUAUCCAUCUUUGUUUAUCCGGUUUAUAACGAGAGCGACAGGCGGAACACUCGAGGACGCUUAUGAGAGACACGAGAACGCGAAAUACGGAUGCUACCAAAUCCGCAUGUGUAGAUCAUGUACCUUAGAAUCGUAGCGAACAGAGAGUUUGAGCAUUACAUUAAAUUAUAUGAAUAUAAAUGCAUAUAUAAAUAAGGUAUGUGUACAUGUGUAUGUAUAUGCGCGUGCAGGAUACCCCGUCACUGCCGCACUUAAUCGUCGAGGGGGGGGGGGGAUUUCCUUAAAUGAUUUCGAGGCGAGUGUCCUAAUACGAAAAUAUCUGAGUCUGACAUACUUUUUCAAGGGAAAGUAAUUACAGUUAGGUUAAUCGUAAAUCGGCAAAAGUUUGAGAUAAUUAGUUCUCGUUUGAGAGAAGUUUCACGUAUUAAGAUCUUCAUCUUUAAAUUAUCUAAAAAAAGAUCCACCUUGAAGAGGUAACGCGGCAACGACGGGAUAGCUUGUAUGAAUAUAUACAUAUAUUUUAUAUAUAUAUAUAUCUUGUAUACAGAGUGAGACAUCUAAUUUUGUGACUCGGGUGAUCUCUGUUGUUCAAGACAUUUUGUGAUAAGCACCCAGAGAUAAACCAAGUCAUAAAGAUGUAGGCUGCUCCAUCCUGUAUAUGUUAUAUAUGUACAUCCCAUUACAUAUAUCUUGCAGUUGAAAUGGAUUUAAUCAACUUUAUUGUGUAUGCGUUAUAGGUGGAUGAAUAAAAUCUGUAUUUUUUGGCUGGCAUCGUUUU